AUGCUGUCAGUUCCGUUGCGAACGGCGGCGCUAAGAAUGGCGCCACGCCUUGUUCCCCGUCGGGCGGUGCUCAUUGCCACGUGUCAGACGCGUAAUAUCUCCUCGAACGACGUCUUCAAAAUUUCGGAGGCGACGGCCGCUUCGGCCGAUCUGCCGCCGCUGCCAACGCCGCCGCUUCCGGGUCGAAGUCUCGACGAAAUGAUCGAGUCGGGCGAGUCGGUGCUGGAGGAACUGGGGCUCUGGUCGUGGUGGAAGCCAUCCUCGUACUUCCGUCUCGCGCUCGAAGGCCUCCACGUGCAUCUCGACCUGCCGUGGUGGCUGACGAUCGUCUCGGCCACCGUCGUGUUGCGUCUCGCACUCAUCGGCGUCCCAGUCAUGUCGCAGAAAUUGGUGGCGAAACAGAGUAUGUACCGGAAGGAGAUGAACGAGUUCCGCGAUCGGAUCGACGAGGCGCGCAAGGAGAACAACCAGCUGCUGCAGCAGCAGAUUCUCCUCGAACAGCGCGAUUUUCUGCGCUCGAAAGACAUCCGUCUCGGCCGCCAAUUCAUGGUGAUGGCGGCGAACGGCGCCGUGUUCGCCACGCAGUUCUUCGCCAUUAAAAAGAUGGUGGCCGCCAACUACCCGGGCCUCACGACUGGCGGAACUCUCUGGUUCACGGACCUCACCGCGUGCGAUCCCUACUACGCGCUGCCGUUCAUUUCGGCGGCCACAAUGGCACUCGUGACAAAGGUCGGAAUCGAGAUGGGAACCACUUCGGAUCAGAUGCCGCCCGUCAUGAGAGCAUUCAUGACCUACGGACUGCCCGUCGUCAUUUUCGGCGUCUCUUCGCAGUUUGCCACGGUUAGGUUUGAGGGAGGAUGGGUCUCGAAGCGAUGAUUGGAGAAAAGCAUCAGGUCUCGCAACGAACGAAACUGACGAGCCUGAAAAAAAACAGAUUUGAUACUUCGCUUCGAGAUCCAUCAAAAACAGCACAAGUUCCUUCGAAAACGCGUGAAUCUCUGCAGGGUCUUUGCGUCUACUGGACCGCCUCGAACGCAGUGUCGCUAAUCUACGCGGCGGCGUUCAAAGUCGACGCCAUCCGCAACAUCUUCGGAAUUCCGCCCGUCGUUCCGAUUCCGGCGAGUGCCGCCCAAACGUCGGCCUUCUCGCAAGUCCUCAAAUCUUAUAAAGGUACGAAUUUUUGGGAAUUCUUCUUGAAAUUCGUUUGUUUUUGCAGACAACAAAGCGAUUCCGCCGUCGAUGGCCGAUCUCCGACAACGCGACGCGUCGUCAUUCAAAAAAGCGGGACGCGGAAAGCCAAUCACAUAA